AUGGCCUGGUACCCGUUCGACAUGUACGAAGUCAGGAUGUUUGUGCUGGUCAAUACGAGCAUGAGUCCGUUCAACGGCCAGCCCCAAGACCCCGUCGACGUCAGCUUCGUCAUCGUCACGCCGUCCAACUUUGACUGGAACUACCGCAUAAAGGAGACGUAUGGCGACACAGCGGUCGCCCCCGGCGUGUACUCGAUCACGGUCGAGAUCAAGCGCCAAUUCAACGUGUACACGGCGCUCGUGUUUGCCGGGAUUUGGGCCGUCACGGUGUCGAUCGGGUACAUCGGCAGCUGCGCUGUGAUCUGGAAGCGCCGCGCGGCCGACAACCCAGUCAUCUACAUCUCGGCCCUCUUUGCCGUGCCUGGGUUCCGCAACACCCUGCCAGGCAGCCCUCCCUAUGGCUGCAUCUUUGACAUCCUUUGCACUUACUUUGCCAUUGCCGUUGUCCUAUCGUUCUUGGUCUUGGUCUCAGUGGCGUACAUGAAGAAGGCGGCUUGA